GAGCUGGAUGAGUCCAUUUCUCCAGGUGACACCAUGGAGAGACAUCAAAGGGAGCUUCUUAUUCAUGUCAUCCCUCCUUCCCUGUGCAACUCUGAGGAACAUAUCGACGAAGGAUUACCCAACGGUGUCAAGCAUAACACGUGUGACAGAGGCGAAGCCGACGCUCCGAAGAAACGAAGAGGUUCAGUAAUGACAAUAAUCACUGGGGACUGUGAGCAGAGAUUUCUGCAGGGCAACCAUGUCUUCUCUUUUGAUGAGGAGCAUCAGAUAGAUGCUUUGAGCCCUGUGAGUGAGUCUCCUAGUGCGUCUCCAACAGAGGACCUCGCCAGCAUCAGAGAAGCGGUGGAGGAGCUCCAGGAUUCCUCACAAGCACGAAAAACCACAACCUCUGCGAACAGUAAACUAAUCUUACAUGUGGAUGCGUCCGCUCAACAGCCUGGAGAAGUGCAACCAAAUGAACUCCUGGAUAAAAUAAGCACAGAUGUCUAUGGGACAAACAAACUUUAUAAAAAUGACUUGUCUGAACGGCAAAGUGCCUCAAAAAAUUCAUUAGAGGUCAAAGAGCACCUCAGGCCUCCAACAGACUCCAUUCAUAAAGAUUCAGAGGAGCAUUCAGACCACUGGGCAAGAAGACGCAAGCUCUUCAAGGAGAGCAAACAGCGCAGUUCUGCAGGAGGAAGCUCUAUAACUAGCAAUAUCACAGAGGAAUCAGACACAUUGAACUCUGAGGACACUCGUUCAGUGGACAUGUCAAUGCGGGAUAUUGAAGACAGAGGCUUUUACACAGAAACCUUUCACUCAGUAUCAUGGAUAUACCAUGGAGAUGAAGUUAGCCAGAAUGAAAGUGCACACUGUCUCAGCAGCUGUACUCGACCAGCAGCAAUUCGUGAGCGGACAGUGAAAAUCAGCAAAGGCAUGGGCGAGUAUCCCUGGGGCUUCAGGAUUCAGUUCUCCAAACCCAUCGUGGUUACUGAGGUGGACACAAAUGGAGCAGCGGAGGAGGCAGGCCUGCAGGUUGGAGACUAUGUGCUGGCGGUAAACGGCACCGAUGUCACUAUGGUGCCACACUCAGAAGCGGCUGAACUCGCACGGCAAGGCCCAGAUAUUUUGACUCUGACCAUUGGCUCGGAUAUCGGUCGAAUGCCGAACACUCCUCGACCGGCGUGCAGAGGUUACUUGCACAAGCGAACUCAGUCCAGUUUGCUGAAGGGCUGGAGAAAGAGGUGGUUUGUGCUCAGACACGACUGCUGCCUCUAUUACUACAGAAACAAGCGUGAUGAAGGGAAGAGCCGAGCUCUGUCUGUGGUGAGUCUGGAAGGGGCGCUGGUGGAGGCCGACAGCAGUUUAGGAAAGCCGUUUGUGUUCAGAUGCUGCCCUGUGUCUGGGAACCGAGUUUACUCCCUGUGUGCCACAUCAAACCAAGAGAUGAAGAGGUGGCUGGAGGCUAUGGGCAGAGCAGUUCAUCCUAUUACACAGAAUCACGUGUGGGUGGACGUGACUCGACACAACUCAAACCUGCCCCCUCUGGCAGUGAAGAACCCAGAAUGCCUUGGGCUACUGCACCUGCUGGACAAGAGCAAGGACUCAUGGGCGCAGCACUACUGUGUGCUGAAAGACGGAUGCCUCUAUUUCUACUCCAGCAUUCGAUCAACCUGCGCAAUAGGAGGAAUCUACCUGCACGGCUACACAGUGAGGGAUCAGACAGUGGGAUCCAAAAGAUCUGCUAUUGAGCUCAGACCUCCGUCUGAAGAGUUUAAAGUGUUCUACCUCUGUGCAGAGAAUGCAAACGAGAACAAACGAUGGAUUAGUGCAAUAAAAUCAUCUACAGCAAAAUGGCUGCCAUUGCAUCAGGCGAUUCAGGACUACAUGGGUCGCCCAUCCGAGGAAACAAGAAUGUGAACAAGACCAAUUACAGGACAGUCUGGCGUUUCUCAACAAGCACAACCGUGUUCAAACUAAAACAUCAGGAUCUCCUCAUUUUCUCUUAAAAUCAGAUCUGUGAAUAUUGUGCACAAUAACAACUUAAGUUACCGAACUGUAACUUAGAGUUCAUCAGAAGACUUCAGGCUAGUUUAAUCAUGAUAGAUUAGUAGUUUGGGUCGCUUUGUCCUCAAAAGUGACCAGGUUGAUGAUGGUGAAGCUCUUAUGCCUAAAUGGCUCAAAUGCACAGCCUUACAGAUGCAUGACGCCAAAUUAGCAUCGAGUAUAAUAUCAGAAAGCUUAGCUGUACAGUGCUAAAACUUGUAAUCAGAUCAGAUUUUGAUAAACGUCUAUGUUGAACUAAUCUUGAGAUUGGCUUUGAAGUGCAUUUGCUUAUUUACCUAAACUAAACGACAAAUUGAUAAUUGAGCGUUAUGAACACAAAUAAAUAGAACAAUUUAACAAACUGAAACUAUAAAGAUCAAAUCAUCUAGUGUAAAUAUUCAUGAUGAAACCUAAAAUAACUCUAUAUAUAAUAUUCAAGUGCUUUUUUUUUUUUAAAUGCAGCAGCAGCAAGUGCAUGAAGUUGUCAUGGCAACCUGUGCAGUGACGGCAGCUGGAAGCAUAGGAAUAUAAGUAGAAACCUCAGAGUUACACCAAACUCUUUUCUAUUAUUCUCUCACGCUUUCAUUUUAAAUGAUGAUUGUUUUAGGUCCACUUAACCGUUCGGAUGUUGCAUGUUUCUUUGCAUUCAGAGGAGAGAUUAAGAAAGAAGGAUGGCAUGCAUUUCUGUAAACCUGUUUGUGAAUUCUUAUGAUGUUUUCCAUUUUCAGCAUUCGCUAAUUAUGUAAAGACACUGCCACUGUUAUUGUAUAUAACACACAUUUUCUUUAAGGCCAGUUCCUUCAAACCUUUAGUCCUCUUUAGAUAGGAUGCAGUGAAGUAUCUUAAUUCUUGGUUUAGCUCAUUUAUACAUUUGACGGCAAUAUUAUGACUUUUGCUAUUCUUUGUAUAACUAAUGAUACAUAUAUGUUUUUUUGUAUUAAUAUUUUUAUUAGUAUUGGAAGAUCUUCCAGUUUACACUUUGAUAAGUUUUUUUUUUUUUUUUUUUACAACCUAAGGGAGUAUUUAUACUUGGUCACUUCAUUCAUCUUAAUUCAUUACAUUAAUCAUUCAUUUAUGUGGCCUGAACAAUGCGUUUCAGAUUGCAUUCACCUAAUGACUGGAUAGCUAUUUGAUCAGUAAAACACAUGUAGUGACCAAGUGUAAAUAUCCUCUAAUGAUUUCCCUAGAAUUUGAUGUAGUCUGUUCAUUUAAGUGCUUGUAUUGCAUGUAAAUAGCCAAGGAAGCUUGCCAAAAUACAGACUUGCAUUAUGUUCUACCUCACAUAAGCUGUUCUUGUGCUAUGAGUUUCAUGAUUACAGUUUUCUGAAAUAGUCUGACUGGUCACAUGGUGUCACCGA